AUGGCGCCCAAAGGCUCCCUUUCCACCCGCAUGAACCCGCUGCGUCUCAACACCAUCAACCACCUCCGUGUCCGUCGACCAAACCAGCAUGAGCAGAACCCCUGCGUGACUGUCAUGUCCUCCAUGCUCAACUGCUGGGCUUCCGCUGGAUACGCUGCUGAGGGCUGCGCUGCUCUUGAGGCGCAAUUGCGCAAGUGCAUGGACGACCCGAAAUCCAGAGAGCAGAAGAAGAACACCGUCAACUACCACUUGAUGAGAAUGUACCCCAAGGUCGUCGGUCCCCGCAAGAAGGACGGUGUUCUCGGCUAA